AGAAUUUAGCUUUUAAUUAAAAUUUUAAAAUUGUGUUUUCAAAUACGAUUUCAGUCCACGUGGCGGUGUGUAUACCAUAAGGGUGCACCAAAGAAGAGUAUGUGAUAAACAUUCUCUAAGUUUAGAACACGAGGAAAGUGGCUGACAUGAAAACGGCAAAGACAUUGCGGUACAAACAAGUAGUCAUUGAUUCGCCACUUCACUCGCUCCUAGUACCAAAACCAAGGCCUUCUCAGUUCUCAGCCACUCACUGUGUAUUCUGAAGGCAAAAAAAGAGGAAAAUGGAAGGUGGGUCUGCUGCCACUACGAAUGGAAAUGAAGACAGCGCAAAGAAAGGGUUGGAUGGCACAGGUUUGGAUCUUCCGCUGAAUCGCCAUGGAAACUUGAAAAGUGCUUCCAGUGAUCAAAGCCUCAAGGACAUUCUUCUCCAAAUUAAGUCUUCCAAAACCCCUGCAGUUGUCAAUUAUGGUGCUUCUUGGUGUGGUGUUUGUAGCCAGAUCCUCCCUUCAUUCUGUCAGCUGAGUAACAAUUUCCCAAAGCUCUCUUUCAUAUAUGCAGAUAUUGACGAAUGCCCAGAGACAACGCAGCACAUUCGUUAUACACCUACGUUUCAUUUCUACCGAGAUGGUGAAAAGGUAGAUGAGAUGUAUGGUGCUGGAGAAGAGCGGCUGCACGAUCGUUUGUGGUUGCACUCCUGAAGACAUAUCUCAGGAUGAACAAACGAUAUUUAGCUGUAGAGACAAUUUACUGUGAGGGUUCUGAAUUUGUUAAACCUUAUUUAUACUUGGCUCAUAAGCUACCAGCAGUGUCUUUUUUUUUUUUUUUUUGGUAAUGAAUUCUUUUUUUCUUGUUCUGUUUGUAAGAUUCACAUGGGUGUCAGAAUCUUUAGAUUGAAUGUCUUCAUGCUACUAUUGCUUCAAAAAUGUCUGGUACUAAUUAUGAAUUGCAAGCUAUAGAUGACGGUUAAAUCCACAAUUGAUAAUUCUCAAAUCACUGGCAGUAACUUAUUCAAAUUAUAGAAACCAGUUGCCCUGAUCUACUUAGAAGAAACAAUAUAGUAAAUUCAAGAUUGAUCCAUUCAAAUAAAUGACAUUAUAGAGUCAUCAUAGACAAUGCAGGUGGUUGCGGAAACAAUAUUUGCAGAAUGAAAGGAAAAAAAAAAAAAAA